GAUACUCGCACCAUCCGCACCUCAUUUCCCACUCUUUGACACCGAAGAACUCGCUUGAUAUCUUAGAAAUCGGCCAAGCUUUCUUCGCGUGGCGCUCUGUGCCAACAAGAAGCAUGGCUUCCUUGAAAUUUUGCCAGGAGUGCAACAAUCUCUUGUAUCCAGAGGAGGACCGGACGAACCAUGUUCUGCUCUACAGCUGCCGUAACUGCGACUACCGGGAGGAGGCAGGUAGCCAGCUCGUCUUCCGCAAUGACCUGAUUUCUGUGACGCAGGAGCAACCAGGAGUCAUUGACAACAUUACAAAAGAUCCGACGCUACAGCGCGUAGAGCAGAAAUGUCCUUAUUGCGGAAACCAAGAAGCGGUGUGCUUCCAGGACCAGAGCAAGCGCAUUUUCAAUCGCAUGAUCCUCUUCUUCUGUUGCUGCAACUGCGAAAAAUUGUUCCAGGACCCAGAAGUAUCAAGAAAAGCUGGCACAAACACUCAAGUCAACCCCGAAGAUGUAACCAACCUGGAGGCCUUCUAAUUCACCUAAAACGAUCAACGUUCUGCACUAUCCUCAAGAUGCGCACUGGCUUUGGUGAUUACAUCCGCAACUCCACCGUAUCACUGUAUUUCUAUAAUCAACCGCAAUGCACACGCGAUACCAGCAAGUA